UGCGCGAUGCUGUCGGCGGCGGGCGGCUCUGGCCCCGGGCCGGGCCUCGGCGGGGACGGGGACUUCCUGUCGCGGUACCGGCUGGUGUCAGCCAAGCUGCGGCGGCGAUUCCUGCGGAAGCCGAACGUGGCGGAGGCGGCGGAACAGUUCGCGGCGCUGGCGCGGGAGCUGCGCGCCCAAGAGUGCCUGCCCUACGCGGCCUGGUGCCAGCUGGCCGUGGCGCGCUGCGCCCAGAGUCUCUUCCACGGGCCCGCUGAGGCGGCCGCCCUGGCUGAGGCGGCGCGGCUCUUCCUGCGUCAGGAGUGGGACCUACGGCAGCGCCUGGGGCUGCGAGGCGGUUUCGGCGAGCAUGUGGCGGCAGCGCAGAGCUGCGGCUCCUUCGCCGCCCGCCUGCACUUGGAACGGGGACAGCCGGCGCUGGCGGCCGGACUGUGCCUGGAGCUGGCGGCGGCGCUGCGCGACACGGGCCGGCCUGCCCGAGCCGCCGCACACUUGCAACGGGCGGCUGAGCUGCUGACGGCCGCACGGCUGCCCUUGGAGGCGCUGCGCUGCCUGGCCGAGCGCGCCUCCUGCUUGCUGCUGGGCCGCGACUACGCCGGCGCGCUGGCCGCACUGACGCGGGCGCAGGCACUGGCAGGGGCAGCGCUGGACGGUGUCGGCGGGGGCGGGGGCGCGCCUGGCGGUGCUUUCCUGGAUGUGCUGGCGCGCUGCGAGGUGUCUCGGGUGCUGCUCUUGCUUCUACUGCAGCCACCGCCCGCCAAGUUGCUGCCCGAGCACGCCCGGACACUGGAGCAGUACUGCUGGGAGGCAUCAGAGGGCGCGGGGCCAGGGGCCGGGGCCGGGCCCGGGGCGGUCGGCGGGCUGCCGCCGGCGGUGAGCUACCUGCCCGCUGAACUCUUCUUGCUGCUGCAGUCGGCUGUGCUGGCGUGCCAGGAGAAGGACGCGGAGGCACUGAAGGCCCUGCAGGCCGAGCUCUGGCCGCUGCUCAGCGCCGAGCAGAACCACCUGCUGCACCUGGUGCUACAGGAGAUGCUCAGCCCCGCAGGACAGGGGCUCUGAGCGCUGCCACCGAUGUGGAUGGGCCUCACCGUGCUUCUGUGGGUCGGCAGGGCCAGGCUUGGAUUUGAGCCACAAUCUGAUCUGGCUUAUUCUCCAUCUUGUUAUUUAUUUAAAAAAUGAAUUCUGUAACAGAAUCGAGUAAUAAUUGAUAUGCAAAUGUGCUCAGCUACUCAUUUAUCUUGUGUCACAGUAAACUGUUUGCUGUAUGUGUUGAAAAUUGCUAUGUUUGAAAGAUGUAGUCAGAACCAGGCAGUUCCUUGAAGAACUGUCUGCACUUUCAAAGAGGAAGA